AUCUAAAGAUUAAAGAGGAUUGUCUCUCUCCAUAAAUAUCUCACUGUCCUUAGACCAAAAGUGAUUACCCCGCUCUACAUAACGCACACUUCUUGCGAAUCCCAACACCGUUCACUCGACAUUGACAAUUAGAAUAAUGGGUUCCAACGCCCCGAAGCCCAAGAUUCUCCUCCUUGGUCGGAUCCUUCAUGCGUCCAAGAAGUGGGAGGCCCUCGGUGGACUCGCCGAGCUGGUCGAGCCUACAGCCACAAACCGCGAGGAAUUCAUCCAGGAAUGCCGCGAUGGCAAAUUCGACGGCGUCGUGGCCGUAUACCGGACGUUCCCCUCGGUUAGCAUCACGGGCAUGAUCGACGAGGAAUUGGUGCAGGUGCUGCCCAAGUCUCUGGAAUACAUGGCGCACUGCGGCGCCGGCUAUGACCAGAUCGACGUGCACGCCUGCACCGCACGCAACCCCCCAAUCCGCGUGUCGAAUGUCCCCACGGCGGUCGACGACGCCACCGCAGACGUGAACAUGUUCCUGAUUAUCGGGGCGCUGCGCAACUUCAACACCAGUAUGAUUGCCCUCCGUGAAGGGAAAUGGCGUGGUGACCCUGUUCCCGCGCUCGGCCACGACCCCGAGGGUAAGACGCUCGGUAUCCUCGGCAUGGGCGGCAUCGGACGCAACCUCAAGAAGAAGGCCGAGGCGUUCGGUAUGAAGGUUAUCUACUAUAAUCGCCGGCAGCUGAGCGAGGAGCUCUCGGCGGGGGCUCAGUAUGUCACCUUUGACGAGCUGCUGGCGACCAGUGACGUGAUCAGUCUUAACCUCCCGUUAAACAACCACACCCGCCACAUCAUCGGCAAACCAGAGUUCGCCAAGAUGAAAGACGGCGUUGUGAUCGUCAACACUGCCCGCGGCGCCGUCAUCGAUGAGGCUGCUCUCGUCGACGCCCUCGACUCCGGUAAGGUCCUCUCCGCCGGCCUGGACGUCUUCGAGGAGGAGCCCAAGAUUCACCCGGGUCUCCUCCGGAACCCUAACGUAAUGCUUGUCCCUCACAUGGGCACAUGGACCAUCGAGACGCAAACUGCCAUGGAGGAAUGGGCAAUCGAAAACGUCCGCCUGGCGCUUGAAACGGGGAAGCUCAAGAGUCCUGUGUUUGAACAGGCAGAUUUGUAGCCAUGUAAAUAUGAUAUCUUGCAUUCGUAAAUAGCGGGAAGAAACAAACUAGAAUAGAAUAGAAAUAACUAAACCUGGUAGUUCGUAUUCGUUGA